AUGAGUGAUUCAGAUUCGGCGGAAGAAAACGUGAUUCGUUAUGGAACACCUCUAGAUCCAUAUGAAGAAGAUGAAGUACCAGCUAAGAAAAGGUUUCAACAACAACAGGAGUAUGCUGUCGAUGAACAUGGCAGACGCCGUUUCCAUGGUGCAUUUACUGGUGGAUUUUCAGCAGGUUAUGGAAAUACUGUUGGAACACCAGACGGAUGGGCACCUGCCUCUUUCAAAAGUUCCCGAUCAGAAAAGGCACAAGUCUCUAACCAAAGACCUGAAGAUUUUAUGGAUGAGGAAGAUCGCAGCGAAUACGGGAUAGCACCGCGCCAAAUACAAACCAAGAGUGAAUUUUCCGGACAUAAGAGACAAAGGCAACAACAGUUCCAUGAUGGCCCGAUACCCGGGGAGCCGGUGCUGCAGCAGCUGGUGCGACCGGUGCACGAGACGGCGGCGGUGCGAAUGCUGAAGGCAAUGGGGUGGCGCGAGGGCCAGGGCGCUGGAGAGAGGCUGCCCGGGGAGGAGAAGCGCCGCGCGAGGGAACAGCACCGGGUGUACGGCUGCUACGUGCCGCCGGAAAUGAGAGACAAAAACCCUGCCCCGGACGACGAGGACAGCUCCGGCUCCGAGGUGGACUACGAGACGCUGUUCGCGCCGGACGACUAUGAGCCUUAUGUCCUGAACAGGAAGAACGACCGCUUCGGGCUGGGCUACAGCGGUCUCAGCCGCCACUCGGUGCUGGGCAACUUGGUCGGCGAGUACGGGAGCGAAGCGGGCGCUUCCAGGAGUCAUUUAGUCAUGAAGGAGAAGAACAAGAAGGUGUCGAUUCGCGGACAGGCGUUCGGCGUGGGGGCCUUUGAAGCAGACGAUGAAGACAUAUAUGCGACGGAGGAUAUGUCCCAUUACGACUUCAGCUUGGGCGCUCCAGCCGAAAAUCAGAAGCCGAAGAAGAUGGACAAAGUGUCUAACGUGCUUGUGGGGUUCGUGAAAGCUGGCCGGCCGCUGCCGGCGGUGCCGUCGUACCCGCCGCCCGCUUUGCCGCGCGACUACGCGCCGGCCGCCGCGGGGAGUAGACGGUCCAGGUUCGAACCCACCGAUCAAAAGCCGAGGGACCAAGGACUGGGCCGGCACGAACUGACCGCGGAGGCGAGGGGGGCCCUCCUCGGCGAGGCGCCAAUCCCGAAAGCUUCCGCCGAACCGAUGGCAGUAGAAGAGGACCAGAAAGAGAGAGCCGCCGGUGGAGUGGUCCCAGAAGAGGCGACGGUCCCAAAGGAGUUGGACUUCAUACCGAUCAAGGACUCCGGUAAAGACCCGCCCAGGGUGUUCAGGCCGUUCGCCAGCGACCGCAAGAAGCAGGCGAGGUACGAGAUGUACUUGAGGGGCGGGGAAACGCCGAGAGAUGGCGCUGCGGACAGGCUCAGCGAGUGGGAGAGGAGCAGGGAGGAGAUGGAAUUCGAGCAAGCGGCUAAGUUGUACAGACCGUUAUCGGGGAUCAUGGAGGAGAGGUUCACGCACGCGUCGCAGCCCGACGAGGCCCUGAACCCGCUGUGCGCCGUCGCCAAAAGCGUGAACGAGCACGGUCUGGCGACUGCAGAGCAAGUGGAAGCGGCGAAGAUUGGGGCGUUCGGUGCCAUCACCAGGCGCGAGGGACCCUGGAGGCCGGAGGCGCUCGUCUGCAAGCGGUUCAACGUGCCCGAACCCGGGACCACCAGGGCCGAGCCGCAGAAGGAAGACAAGCCGAAGGUGUCAUAUUCGAUAUUCUCAUACUUGGAGUCGUCCGUACACGACAAGGAGAGUUUCACGAGGGAGCAGAGCAAAUUCAGCGGGUCGAAAUCUCUCAGCGUGGACGCCAAAACGACGGCCAAAAGCAAACCGACCAGUGACGAGAAGAAGAUAGAGGACAAAAAAGAAGCGACACCUAUAACAGCACCAAUAACCACCGGCUUCAACAAAAGAAUGACGGUAGCCGAGCUCUUCUUAAAGGAGUCCGAACGGGACCUAAAGAACAAAGAGCAAGGCGCCGACGUAACGGAGACCAUACAGAAGUUCGACAAAAUGGACUUGUACAAGUCGAUCUUCCUCAGCGACAGCGAAAACGAGGAAGAAACCGCCAACGAGGCUACUACCGAGCGCAAAAACGCAGGCGAUUUCGUCGACAGACCGAAGAACGUCGAGCGAAACACGUCGCCGCCGCGCGGAAUCUUCGCGAACAUCGACUUCGACGAGCUGAACUCUUGGAAGCAGAACACGGGAGACAGGGGAACGGAUGCCCCUACAGUGGGAUCCGGCGACAAAGAGGUCACGCCGCCGCGGAAUGCCAACGGCGGUGGCCAAGACAACACGCAGCCAAGCGACGGCGACACAACAAAGGAAGCGAACGACCAGCCCGACGUGUACGGACCGAAAAUACCGGAGAAUCUGAAGAAGAGACUGGAGGCCCCCGCGCCGGCGGCGGAUAAUUUCAAACCGAUGUACAGGAGCAAAGAUGAGAGAGAUCUCACCGUCACGAUAGAGUCUUCGUCGGAUUCGGAGUCGUGGGUUGAGGCGAAAAUGCCAAAGGCGAAGAAUAAGAAAGAUAAGAAGAAAAAGAGCAAAAAACACAAAUCUAAACAUAAGAAAAGUAAGCAUAAGAAGAAAGAUAGA